GCUUCAAAACAAAAAGUUGAACUUUGUACCGACGUAUCUGAGCUGUCUUAUCUUUAACUCUCGUUUUUGGUUUCACGUGCAUUACUCAAAACUUGAUUGACAGUGAAUUAGUAGACUAGCAGAGUGCAUAACAGAUCUUUAUGAUUGAUUCAGGUCUGUUUAUAUUCUACACAGAUUCACAAUCUGUAAGUGAAUAAAAAAGUUGGACACAGAAAUUAAACAGAAUUGCCUUGCAGCAAAGAUAGAAAUGGCAUCUGCUAUGUUUUUAUCGGAUGAUGAGAAGACGUUUGGUAAUCAGGAGUCAUUACCGUCGUUACCAAUACCUCCAUUACAAAAAACAUUGGACAGAUAUUUGGAUUCAGUAAAACCAUUUGUUACUGAUGAAGAAUAUAAACAGACAGAAUUUUUAGUUCAACAAUUUCACUCAGGUGUUGGUAAAGAACUUCACUUCAAAUUAUUUGAAAGAGCCAAAUACAUGAGAAACUGGUUAGAGAAAUGGUGGGAUGACGGAGUAUAUCUAGAAUUGAGGAAUCCAAAUGCAGUAUUUGGUAAUAUGGCAGGUCCGGGUCCAUACAUGAACUCGCUCUGGCCUCCAGCAGACGGAACUCAGAUAGAGAGGGCAGGAAUACUUACGUAUUAUGUUAUAAAAUUCUGGCAAGCGAUUAGAAACCAAACUUUACGACCUCAUAAAGACAGUAAAGGGAGACCAUUAUGUAUGAAUCAGUUUCACCGAAUGUUGAAUACCACUCGUAUACCAGGACCAUUUCAAGAUAAGCUUCUUUAUCAUUUUAAAACAGAUGAAGAAGGUGAAUGUCCAACAAAUGUAAUAGUAAUGUGUAGAGGACGAAUCUUUACUGUAAAUGUUGUAGAUGACAAUAAUGAGCCUUUGACAGCUCCAGAAAUACAGCAUUUAAUACAAACAAUAGAGACACAGUGUUCUAGACUACCUCAUGGGGAUGGAGUGGGUUAUCUUCCUACUCUAGGUAGAACAGAAUGGGCAGAGCAAAGAAGUAGAAUAUUGGCAUUACAUCCAGAUAAUUAUCACCAUCUACAGGAGAUAGAAAAAUCAAUUUUUGUUCUUGGACUAGAUGAUCAGUGUCCUAAAAGUGAAUCAGAGGUAGCAUGGCAAGGUUUGGGAGGAAAUCCAGAGGCUAAAUGGUUUGAUAAAUCACUGAGUUUAACUGUCUUCAAAAAUGGAUUGAUAGUUUCUAAUUGUGACCAUGCACCAACAGAUGCAAUGGUUCUUGUAAGCUGUACAUACUUUGUUUAUCUUUCUAUUCUUGAAGCCAAAGGAGUAUGGCAGGGAACGAAGACCAUUAGAAAGCUAGAACAACCAAGAGAAUUAGAAUUUCACCUGGAUUUAGUUGUUAGAAAUGUCAUUAAAGAAGCAAAACCAGAAUUUAAAAAAAGGUGUGAUACAGUUGAGGUUUUAACCACAAAUUUUAGGGACUAUGGUAAAUCAUCAAUACGUCAGUUUAAACUACACCCUGAUACACAUGUACAACUAGCUUUACAAUUAGCUUAUUACAGAAAAUAUAAACGACCAGCUCCUACAUAUGAGACAGCUACAACCCGCCAAUUUUAUCAUGGUAGAACAGAAACUAUGAGAUCGUGUACACCUGAAGCUGUUACCUGGUGUAAAGCUAUGUUAGAUCCCAGCAUUAGAGUAAGUCAAAUUCUUAGUUGA